CAAAAGUCAGUGUCUAUGAAGAACAAAAACUGCGAAUGAAAAGUGAUUUCGGGGAGAAAAAUUGAAGCCUUUUUAUGUGAUUUUGUGAAUUUGUGUUAGUGCAAAAUUCAUUGUAGACUGUGUUUGUAUAAUAUUUUUGGAGCAACGUUCCCAAAAAAACGUACCGCUUGGUAGUAAUAUGAGUAAUGUUACCAACCAAAAUGGAACAGGUCUAGAGCAGCAGCUUGCUGGUCUGGACUUGCAGCCUCAGGCUCCUAAGAGUACUGGCCGCUACAUCCCUCCACAUCUGCGUAGGCAGUUGGAGGCCAAAGGUGAGGAUUCUAAGCGCUCGAGCUUAGAGUCUCGACCGAGCGACACAAGGGACAGUCGUUCAUCAUUCGGUGGCAACCCUAGAGGCGGCUACGACCGUGGUGGUCGGCGCGACGACCGCGACCGUGACCGCGACCGUGACAACGAUCGCGGCUACGACUCGCGAUACCCGCGCAGGGACCGCGGUCGUGACUCGGGCUACCAAAAUGGUGAUUCAGAGCGAUGGACGGAGGGCGAGCGCUGGGGGGGCAGCGGGUCGGGGGGCACCACCGGCGCCAGGAGCACACUCCCAUCGAGAGACGUGCGACGCGACGAGGACUUCAACGAGCCACCGCCGCCAAGGAACGAUCGCUGGAAGGAACCAGAGCCGAGGGAGGACCGCCAGCACUCGCGCUGGCCCUCCGAUGACGUGCGGCGCACAUCCAAUCGCAGAGACGAGAACGAUUGGACAAUCCCGUUACCUCGCGACGAGCGGCAGGAGUUGGAGCUGUUUGGCACUGGCAACACAGGCAUUAACUUCUCCAAAUACGAGGAUAUACCGGUCGAAGCUAGCGGGGACUCCGUACCGGAAUUCAUUACGAGUUUCGAGGAUGUUAACCUGACGGAGAUAAUGCGCACGAACAUUGCAUUCGCACGUUACGACAAGCCGACUCCGGUACAGAAGUACGCUAUCCCCAUAGUACUAGGGCGGCGGGACGUUAUGGCGUGCGCUCAGACUGGCUCGGGAAAGACGGCGGCCUUCCUCGUGCCCAUACUUAACCAGAUGUAUGAAGCGGGGCCCGUCAAGAACGCUGGUCCCUAUAUCAAACGUAAACAGUAUCCGCUCGGUCUAGUGCUGGCACCCACGCGCGAGCUCGCCACACAGAUCUAUGAUGAAGCCAGGAAGUUCGCUUAUCGCUCUCGUGUGCGGCCAUGUGUUGUAUACGGCGGCUCUUCAAUCUUGGACCAGUUCCGCGAGUUGGAGCGCGGCUGUCACCUACUAGUGGCGACGCCCGGUCGUCUCGUGGACAUGCUGACUCGCGGGCGGGUCGCUUUGGACCACUGCCGCCACCUCGUGCUAGACGAGGCCGACCGCAUGUUGGACAUGGGUUUCGAACCCCAAAUCCGUAAGAUCGUCGAGGGCCACAACAUGCCCAAGACCGGCGAGAGGCAGACGCUCAUGUUCUCAGCUACCUUCCCCAAGCAGAUACAGGUCCUCGCUCAGGACUUUCUCCAUAACUACGUUUUCCUUGCCGUCGGCCGUGUCGGAUCUACUUCGGAGAAUAUCACCCAAAAGGUGGUGUGGGUUGAAGAGCAAGACAAGCGUUCCUUCCUGCUGGACUUACUAAAUGCUUCCAACCUACUACAACGUAAUAACGAAGAAGAUCAGCUCACCCUCGUCUUCGUUGAAACUAAGAAAGGAGCCGAUCAAUUGGAGGACUUUUUGUACGCGGACGGUUACCCGGUGACGUCUAUCCACGGCGAUCGUACUCAACGCGAGCGUGAAGACGCGCUGCGCCGGUUCCGUACGGGACAGACACCGAUACUGGUCGCUACCGCCGUCGCCGCUAGAGGCUUGGACAUACCUCACGUGCGUCACGUAAUAAACUUCGAUCUGCCGUCUGAUGUCGAGGAGUACGUGCAUCGUAUCGGUCGUACCGGUCGUAUGGGGAACCUUGGAGUGGCCACUUCGUUCUUCAACGACUCCAACCGCGGCCUGGCGCGCGAUCUGGUUGAACUGCUAGUGGAGGCUAAGCAAGAUGUGCCCAACUGGUUAACAAGUGCAGCGGUGGAUGGUCGUGCUGGCGGUGGUGGUCGUCGUGCUGGCAGCCGGUCUGGCGGCGGGCGGUUCGGUGGUAGCGGGUUCGGUGCCCGCGAUUUCCGUACCCAAUCGCGGCAGGCACCACGCUCGGCCGGACCAUCUACCAUCGGCUCAGGCGGUUUCGGUUACGGCGGCGGCGCGUACGGCGGCAACUACGGCGGCUCAUACGGCGGAGGCGGCGGCGGAAACAGCAGCGGCCCUGAUUGGUGGGGCGACUCUUAGACGCACAGCCCUCGAGCCUCGCACAGCCUCGCACCGCCCGUACCAUCCCCACGGUACCACGAGUCCAAAUUAUACUCACCAUUGUCACAAUCCCCAUCGACGCUCUAAAUUAUCCACGUGAUACUUUAGUCACACCGGCUCCGACGUACCGUCCUCCCCUCUGUGCCACAUCUGUGUCUCCGCGCUCAGUGCAACGUUUUUAGUGUAUAUUUUUUGAAUGUAACUACGGAUUAAAUUGUUCCGUGAUAAUAAAUAGUCAGUGCGGUGCGACGUGUGUGUGUCAGACGCGGCGAGCUCUGAAUCUCAGGUGCGUUGCUCGUCAAACGUCCGAUCCUUCAAAUCGUCUACAUUAAGAUUCACCAAAGGGGUUUCGCCGCUGGUUGCCAGCGGAGGUCGCCGCCGCCGAUGGGCUCGCGGUCGGCGUACAUUAUAUAUAUGAUUUCCUCGUCCCUCACACGCGGGCUCCCUCGGCCGCGGCCUGCACGCGUCUGUCGACUCAGUAAAUAUAAUGUGUAGUUGAUUAAUAUAGAAAUAAAUAUUUUUGAUGUUUGAUCUGUAUCGUGAACUUGUUCGAAUGAUGUAACUAUGUAAUUAAAUUUUUUUUCUAUUUUUCUGACUGUGUCAUUGCUGAUUCACCACGAGUUCUGAAGCAUUUACGCACUCUCGAGUUGUUGUAGCUAUAUAAAGCAGUAGUGAUCAAUUUUACCGAUACAGUAUCAUAGUGAUCGUACUAAAUUUUGUCCGUAGAAAUCCCAUUAUUGUAACAUCAGUCACCAUCAUGGUCUAUAAUUUAAAUGUGAAUUUACCAAUAAAGAAAAUAAGAAACAGGA